CUGGAUGGGUGAAUUGGGUCCCAGAGGAUUCCCUGGGCCGUUGGGGCCUCCAGGAAGAAAAGGGCCCAACGGGGUCCCAGGAAAAUCGGGACGAGGAGGGGAACCAGGUUCUACUGGCCCAAAGGGCAUGACUGGUCCACCUGGAAACCAGGGAACAGGUGGACCGGUUGGUCUUGAUGGGACACCGGGGGACAAAGGAGAGAAGGGCAAAGAUGGAGAUCCUGGUGACAUUGGCAUCCGUGGUCUGGACGGAGAACAGGGUCCCUUAGGAUUGCCUGGAAGGCAAGGUCAGCCUGGAAUGAAAGGGGAACAGGGUGACAGAGGAACCCCAGGAGAUCCUGGCCUCAAGGGAAGCCUUGGAGAACCUGGAGACAGGGGCUUCCAAGGGCCACCAGGAGAAAUGGGAGAACGUGGGAAAGAGGGUGAUGGUGGUGAUCCUGGAAUCCCAGGCGAGCCAGGGACCAGGGGAGAAAAGGGCAGCACUGGCACCAGAGGACUCUUCGGUUGGCCUGGGCCAGCUGGGAUCCCAGGCAACGUUGGCCAAAAGGGCCUCAAAGGAGAGAAAGGUCAAGAAGGCUUUCUGGGACAAGUUGGUGUGAUUGGGAUGCCUGGCCCAGAAGGAAUCCGAGGAUAUCAGGGAGAACCAGGAAGCUGGGGAUUUCCUGGACCAGAAGGCGUUGAAGGAUUAAAGGGGAAUCCAGGUCCUCCGGGUCAGAAGGGGUCAAAGGGAAUAGCUGGCAUGAUGGGAUCUCCAGGAGAAAAUGGGAAGAAGGGGGAUCAGGGAUCACCUGGAUCUUUGGGGUCAUCAGGUCCUGUAGGCCUCAAGGGAAUUCAGGGACCUCAAGGUCUUGAUGGCCAGAAAGGAGACCAAGGAAUGACGGGAGAGAAAGGAACUGGUGGGCUGCAGGGCCACGCUGGGCCACCAGGUCAAAGAGGAAUGCCUGGAGAAAGGGGAGUGGGUGGUCCUCCAGGUGGAAAAGGAGAACCCGGAUCAACAGGGAAUUUUGGUCCUCAGGGGGUUCCAGGAUCACCAGGUGUAGCUGGCGAGAAAGGAAGCAAAGGGACAAAGGGUGAACAGGGGCACGAGGGGAGAAUCGGAAAGACGGGUAAAGCUGGCAGAAAGGGCAAGCGUGGUAAAGCCGGUUCUCGAUCUCCAAGAGGUUCCAGAGGCCACAAGGGUUCUCCGGGUGAAAAGGGUCUCCCAGGUGUCCGUGGACCCCAGGGCAUAUCUGGGGCUUCUGGAUUUCGGGGCACGAAGGGCACAAAAGGGCCCAGGGGGCAUAAGGGUGACAGAGGCAGCAGAGGGCUUCUUGGACCCCAAGGUGAUCCUGGCUUUAAGGGAGAGGAUGGCCUCGUGGGUCUACCUGGGAGGCUAGGACCGAAGGGGAAACAGGGUGCUGUUGGCCUUCUCGGGGCCCAAGGUUAUGCUGGAUUUCCUGGUGUUCCAGGCUACCUUGGAUCAAAAGGCCUGAAAGGAUUAGAAGGCAACCAAGGACCAAAAGGGAAAGUAGGCUUACCUGGCAAACCUGGUUCUCCUGGACCACCCGGAGCUUCUCGGAUUGCCUCCAAAGAAGAUCUGAGGGUCUAUUCUUCCCACAAGAAUUUCAGCCUGGUGUGGGCACUUAUGGAGAACUUACGGCAGGAGCUGAAACGCCUGAUUGAUGCCCCUGAUGGCACCAAGGACCGCCCAGCUACUACCUGCAAAGAGCUUUUGGUGGUUCAUUCCCACCUAUCAGAUGGAUAUUAUUACAUCGAUCCCAAUCAAGGCAGCCCCCGAGACUCUUUGAUGGCCUUUUGCAACUUCACGGCGGGAGGAGAGACCUGUAUUUCUCCCGUGCAAAAUCAGGUCCCGCUCAAGGCUUGGUUGAGAUCGUAUACAUCGGAAGGCAAGUUUGAAUGGUUGAGUUCCCUUCCUGAGGGUUUCCCGCUCGAGUAUCGGGGCCUGAACACCGUCCAGCUCCGUUUUUUGAAACUUCACAGCAGUCUGGCCACCCAGAAAGUAUCCUAUUCCUGCAGACCCCACUCAGAUGGAAGCACAAAGCACCUGGAAAAGGAAGUCAAGUUUCUUACGGAUUCCCGGGACCAAAGCUAUUUGAGUACUCUCCAGGGAUGUGAGCUGGACAAUGAAUCUUCGGUCAUGGAUACCAUCUUCUUUUUCUCCACCGGCGACCUCUCCCUGAUGCCUUUGCGCGAUCUCGCGGUGUUCCACAAUGGUGACGUCUCCCAUCAGUUCGGGUUUACCAUCGGGGCGGUUUGCUUCAGCUAAACUCACCUUUGAAUGGAGCCCCCCCGCUCCUCCUAGAAAAGAAAGAUGAGAAGACUUGCAAGGGGAAAGGAAGGAAGAAGAUACGGGGAAGCUGUAUCCCUCCUCCAUCGAUUCAGCCCGUUGUUAAAAGCCACUACUGUGACUCAUGACUUGCACAGUACAAUUUCCCACACUUCCUUCCGAAGGAUGAAGAAUAUUGCAUUUACAAGGAUGUUAUUUUAAGUCCUGUUUUGAUAUAUAUAAUGGUAAAGGUUCCCCUCACACA